GCGCGCACCCAGCUACUCGCUUUUAUAUUAAAUUGACCUUAUUUACUUUGCUGGAGGUCGAUAAACCUUUACAUAUGAAUCCAGUGUUACUCUAACUGCAAUCCGCUUCAGUGUUCUCCUAUAGUGUUUUAAAAUUUGUGGACCAUGUCGAAUUCGGUCGAAGUUACAAUAAGCCCGGACGUCAAAAUUGGCGGCACUCACCCGUGUUUCAUUAUAGCAGAAGUCGGACAAAACCACCAAGGUGACAUUGAAAUAGCGAAAAAGUUGAUAAAAGCCGCAAAGGAUGCAGGCGCCAGUUGUGUCAAAUUUCAAAAAACAUGUUUAAAAGAAAAGUUCACAAAGAAAUAUCUGGAGCGGCCGUAUGACAAUGCUAACUCAUGGGGCAAGACCUAUGGCGACCACAAGAAGCACUUGGAAUUCUCGGAAACACAGUACAGAGAGCUGUUCAAGUAUGCACAGGAGGUCGGCAUUCUGUGCACCGCUUCCGCCAUGGACAUGGUGUCCUUCGAUUUCCUAAUCAACAUGAAGGUACCCUUCAUCAAAAUUGGAUCCGGCGAUUCGAACAACUUGCUCUUCCUCAAAUACGCUGCCUCUAAAAAGAUUCCUCUGAUCAUCUCGACUGGGAUGGUGGACAAGAGCGCAGUGAAGACGAUAUACGACAUCAUAUCCGCGCAGCACAAGCAGUUCUGCCUGCUGCACUGCAUCUCGGCUUACCCCGUGCCGUUUGAGGACUGCAACCUGACCGUGCUGCAGGACUACAAGAACACUUUCGACAUUCCAGUCGGAUACUCCGGCCAGGAGCUUGGCACGGCUGUCGCUUUAGGAGCCGUUGCGCUGGGGGCUAAGGUUCUGGAGAAGCACAUAACAUUAGACAAGACCAUGAAGGGAACAGACCACGUGUGCUCGCUGACGCCGAGUGAGUUCUCGCAGCUGGUGCGAGACGUGCGCGUCAUUGAAGCGUCCCUGGGCACGCCUAUUAAGAAGGUCGUCACCUCAGAAAUUCCCUGCAUCGACAAGCUUCAAAAGUCACUAGUGAUGGGCAGUACAAAGAACAAGGGUGAGAUCCUGUACCCCGGCGACGUCAAGAUCAAGGUAGCCGAGCCGAAAGGACUCAACGCACUGCACUUCGAGGACGUCAUAUACAAGACGCUAGUGGUCGAUAAGAAAGAGGACGAACCGUUGAAUAAGGGAGACUUCUGCUAGGGUUGUCCAGUACAGGGUAUUUUAUUUAGCUAUAUCCAGGGCCGGAUCUAGGGUAGAGCGAGUGGAGCGGUCGCUUUAGGCGCCAAACUAUAGGAGAGGCGCCAACAUGCUGAAUGAUGAAAGAACAGCCUCAUUGGCGAGUUUGUUAAUAAAAAGGUAAUCAUAGGUGCCAUAAGUCCAUUACGCUCUACCCUGAUGCUCGGCCCGGCGCUGGCUAUAUCCCAUUUUAUUUUAAUUACAUUUUUAUGUUAUGUCUGCUCAGAAUUUCAAGUUCUUUUGUACAGUCGACUAAAAAAAAUGUAUCCAUUUUUUCACCUUAUUGCAUUGUAUUAAGGUGAAAAAGUGUAUACAUCUUUUUGUAGUCGACUGUACGUAAGGUAGUACUA